AUGACCUUUCCCCUAUCUGAUUCGGAUCCUGAUGUCCCCGAGGAGACGAUCUCGUUUAAGACAGGCGUCAACCUCUUUGAAAAACAUGUGCAAGCAAUCUCUACGGGCAGUCCAAACUCCAUCAUGCUUGCCCUUAGCACUCUGCAUAGCGCCGAUUUCAGUACAGAACGCAGCAGAUCACUUUUUUAUCAGGUUGGCGGGCAUCAGGCCCUCAUCUCUCUGCUGACUCUCAACCGGCAAGCCGACUUGGGCCAUGCUCCCCUUCACAUAACCGCUUUGAUUCUCUCGGAGUGUCUUGGGCUUAUUAAAAAGCUUGUGCAAUAUGAUGAUGUGUCCCGCGUUCUUUUUGCCGGGCCUGUGUCACAAACCCCAGAGCAAUACAACAAGGCGGCCUACCAGCGGCGAACAGAUCCCCGUUCUAUAAACUAUGACGAUUAUAAUUAUGUCACGCUAGAUGCUGGUGUCCCUAUCUACCUCUCUAUUCUUUUAAACCAGCAGGUGGAACCGGAUAUCCGGGUCCGUGCAAUGCAAAUUUUAACCGAGCUUUUCUUGUGUGCACUUCCCCGGCGGGUCUUCCACUACCUGGAAGGUCCUGCCAGCGUGGUUAAGCGCCUGUCUGCAGCCAUUCCUCUUCUUUUCACCGGCAACAUUUUCACCAAUCAACUGAAGCCAAACAAAACCGUUGAGCCUGCCAUUAUACAAGAGGUAUCUGCCAUGAUAUACAUGGUUUGCAACCUGUGCUCCUCUGCUUCCGCGCGUAAUCAGCUUAGGACAAACGGACUGGUCUCCAUUCUCUGCACCCUCUUAGAUUAUAUAGACGUGGAGAUAUAUGAGCCAUGCGUCUUAUGCCUCAGCAAAAUGGUACAGUACAACAACCAGGCUGUUCUGCAGGAGCUUAUACACGCCGCAAACUCUAUUUCUCGCAUCUGCUCCAUGAUCCUUCCAGCUGCAUCUACUCAGUUUCUUCGGGCUGCUGCACUGGUGCUAGCGAAGGUAGCGAACGUUCCCGGUGGCGAUGUGGUUGUCACAACAUCUGGUGGCAUCCAGCCCCUCAUAAACAUGUUGACCGUCAACGACAAUAACACGCUACUUGCAGCGUGCCAGGUCAUAGUUGGCAUCAGCUCCAAGCCAUGUGUUCACGAUGGGGACCCUGACACUGCGGAGGCAAGUAUAUUCUCGAUGAAUCACAUGAUAGCAAAGGAGCUAAUCAAUAACAAAGUGCUGGUUCAUAUUCAGGAGCUGUUAGACAGCUGCGGGAUAGAAGUGGAAGAACCUGGACCACCCCCUUCUAACGUGGCCCCGGGCCAGUGCAGAGAAGUGAGGCGUAACCCGCGUACGCGUUUAUUUAAGCUCAAGGAAAACGUCAGUUCUGAUCUCUUCAAUCAGCAGGGCAACCAGCUUGACGCCCCGUCUAGUGCAUCUAAAGCUGGCACUGACCGGGCACUCACAAAAGGCCCCAGCUUAUUGAGUGCGUCGACUUCAGGACAUAGAGACAAUGGCGCUACUUCCCUUAAUGACGAAGUGCCCCUCUCUACCUGGAGCAAUCUAACGUCGUGGCUUUUGCAUGCUCUUGCAAACAUAUGCCCAUCAGAGCACAUUGUGCCUAUUCUCAAGAAGAGUAACCAGAUGCUUCGGACCCUUCUUGGUCUUACUGGGAGCUGUAAUCCCUGUGUUAUUCGGUGGGCCUGCCAGUGCUUGGCAAAUCUUGCUAAGCACCCCGAGAUUGCCAAGAUUUUAUAUGAAAUAGGUUCGCUAGACGUCCUUUUCACUGUGCUGAAACGGUGCAUUGAAAACUCUGCCUUGGAAGAAGACUAUGGAAAACUAGCCAAAGCCGCCAUAGUGGCCAGUGCUGCCGAGGCGUUAACUGGGGUCUUAGAAGACCCAAAGAUUGCCGCUAUAGCUGGGCGCAGCGUGACUGGUAUCUUUGGGCUCUUAAUACAAGGACUAAAAACUGUUGCAAACGGAACUGCCCGUGCAUGGCUGUGUGGUGUCAUUGCGCGGCUUGCUAAAGAGCGUGAUAAUAGCAUAGUGCUGUUGGAGCAUAGGGCCGUUGAUUACCUCAGCUUCUUGUGCCUGGAAGCCUCUCAACUAUUAGACUCAUAUGACUUUACGUUCCGCGAGCAGGUAUGUCUUGCAGUUGCAAACUUGUGCUUCAGCUCCCCAUUUUACCGUCAAGGAAGACAAAACUUACAGGACAGUGAUACUCAGGUAGAUUCUAGCAGCCAUCCCAAACGACGUUCUGCCAAGCAGCAGCAGAUGUUCAAUCUAUUUCAGCAGGAAUAUGCAAAGUAUGGACAGUGCUACGGAGAUGGUAACGUUAUUGUGGAGUUCGGAAGACGUGGAGUCGUAUCGGCUGUCUGCACGUUCUUGACCCCUGUUAGUCUCGGUGAACAUGUUCAAAAAGUAUCUUUACAGGAAUUUCAGUGUCUUCGAGCGGCUGCGUAUGUUGCACACGCUCUCAGUACUGUGGGGAGGAACGCUAUCCUGAUGUACAAGGAAAGAAGCAUUGACAAGCUGCUCUAUUUGAUAGCUAUAGGUGAUAAGGCCACUCAGACCAGCGCAGCUAACGCGCUUCGGUGCAUCCGGACAGAGAUUUUUAGCAUGCUUUCAGUUCUAAAGAAGUACAAGGGCUCACGGGUAGGUGUUUACACUAGAGAUGAGCAUAAGGCGAUAAUUGAAGCAGCCGGGAAAGAGGAUGACACGCAGCUGGAGUUUAUAACUAGCAACGGAUCCAUGGACGCAAGCUUGGGACCCGGUUGGAACGCCGUGACAUUAGACGAUGUAACAGUGGUCUCAAACAAGGUACGGUUUGCGUCAGACAAAGAAUUAACUCCUAAAUCCAUUCGAACAAAUGUAACGACUGUUUCAGCGCCAUCUCCAGGUGUUACAAAGAGGACUAAUGGCAUUACACCGGCGCGGGUCUACAACUUAUCUGGCGAGCUAGUAUCUUCUCCGCCCAAACGGAGUAGGCCGGUGGCCGAGGAGGAAGAGGACCUUAAUAACUACAUGGAGAUAUACAUCGGAAAGAUAGAGCAAGACGGAAGCAAAUCUGCCUCAAGAUCGGAGGCGGUGAAUGACAGCUUCAGUCAAGUAUUUGUCAACAGGGCAGGUUCCCUGGAUAGGUCGAAUCUGCAGGGCUCCACCGGAACACUCAAAGCAUCGUCAAAAGCACCAGAAGAUAGCAAUGAUGUGAGGAGCCCGAGCGCAGAGCUAGAUGAGGUACUCACUGUGCUGCCUAGCCCCGGUCCUCCAGGUAGUCCACCCGAAGCCUCCUAG